AUGUCAAUUAAAGAAGAACUCUACGAACAGUACUUGUUAAGUGAGUCAAAAGCUGAUUUCAUAAGCAAUCUUAUUCCUGAUUCAUAUGAACACCUAUACUUCUAAGUCUUACAUUCUUUGAAUACUAAGUCUACUUUAACAGAAGAAGAUGUCAAGAUCUUGACAAAACUUAGAACAAACUAUGCUCAAGGUAAGCAUGAAAACUAUUCUCUUCAUAAUUUAGACUUCUUAAAUCUCCUAAGAGUCCUUGACUCUUAAAAGAGUACCACAGCUUAGAGAGAAUAAGCCCUCAAGGAUCUCAAAAACUACUUUAAUAUCAAAUUUAGUGCUAUCAAGCCUAAUUCAGUAUAAGGAAAUGAAAUCCACUAAUCAGAUAUAUUGUUAGGAACUUAACUUGAAACUUCUCUUGAUCAAAAACUAAUCAGCUUCCAAAAUUAUUUGAAUUAAGCCUACACCAGUCAGCACAUUCUAAGUAACAUUGUCCCUUAAGCUCUCUACAAACUAGAUGUGGAAAGACUGCUUACAGAAGCUAAAAAUGAAAAGAAUUAUGCAUAAAUACUUGAAGCUUUUGUUUCUAAUGUCCCUUGUCUCCAUCAAGUUAAAGAUGUCCCCAAAAUAUACAAGGCUAUUUAUGAUGACUACUAAAAGAGAAAGCUCGUAUUUGACUUUCAGUAAGCUGGCUAUGACAGAUUGAGUUUAUCAUAACUCAAAGAAUUUGGUACUUUAAUGAAAGACGUAGUUUUCGAAACAUUUGAAUAUCAACUUGCCUUAAUGAAGAAACUUUUCUUUAGAGAUGUCAGUAAAUUUUUAAAUAAAUAAAACCUCUCUUUAACAUAAGAAGAUAAAUAAGAGAAGAAGAAGUAAUACACACUUAUCUUGACCUGGGUUAAAAGCAACUUACCUAGGAAACUCUAGUACUUGCAAAGACUUUUAGUUUAGGAGCUAGUUUUAUUGAAUUUAGAAUUAAAGGAUUACAACUAAGAAUUAUUCUUAGAAUUUAUCACAAAUCCUCCUAUUAUUAUUAACUAAUUCACAAAUACUUAAAGAGAAAGAUACUAAUAAAAUAUUGUGUAGCCAAAUAGAGAUUGGAGUUAAAUCUUUUAAUUCUCAAGUCUUAAUUCUACCUAGUUAUUAAGCACAGUAGAAAAUUAUCUCCUUUUCUUUUAUAGAACUGCUGAUAGUAUUAAACCUUUCGACUCUAUUUUAGAAUAGUAUUACUUAAAUAAGACAUUUUACAAAUCUAAAAUUUUAAGUGGUUAGUAAGAGUAUAUUACCAAAUCAACUUCAGUUUACUCCUAGUCAGAAAUAGAAAGCUUAGUUAACUCAAGAUAGAUUAAUAUCCUAGAUAGCAACAAUAGAUAUGUUAAGGGUAAUGAAUAAGUAAAAUUGCAAGUUGAGGUAAAGAACAUUUAAAACUUGACAGUGAACAUCUUUGAAAUAAAAACUGGAAAUUAUUAUAUGGAGAAGAUGACUUAAUUUGAUAAUACCAUUAGCCUUGAUGGACUUAUUCCUUUACAUACUACAGAGUAUACUUAUAAAGAAUCUUCUAACUAGUUGGUUUUGAGAGAAUUUAACUUGGAGCCUAUUUAAAAAGCUGAAAGAGGUAUUUUCAUCGUUGAAUUCUUUGGUAACUCAAUAUCUUCUAGAGCUGUCUUUAAAAAAGGACUUUUAAAUAUUGUGUCAAUUCCUACAAUUGCAGGACACUUGAUCACUAUUGUUGAUGAGUCAUAAAAUAUCUGCAAACCCACUUAAGAAAGUAAAACUGGUAUUUUGAAGGAUGGAAGAUUCUUUAGCGCAGAUGAAAAUGGUUAGAUCAUAAUUCCAUAUGAAAGCACUCAAAGAACAUACUAAUUAAUAUUAACUCAUAAUGACUUCUCAGAAAUAGAAUCCUUCGAUGUAUUAACUGAAUAUUACAAUUUCGAAUGUACUUAUAUGUAUAACUAGGAAUCUUUCUUAUAAGGUAAUAAAUCUAAAGUUAUCAUCCACCCUACUUUGAGUGUCAACGGCUUACCUGCUGAUAUGGACAUAAUAGAAGACUAACUUAUUAAAGUAAAUAUAAAAAAUCAUUAGGAUAUUCCAACAGCAAUUGAGUUUAAAGAUUUCAAAUUUAGCAACAAAGAAGAUAUUUAAAUAGAAAUUCCUAUUCAAAGCAUUAUCAAAUCAAUAGAAAUAGAGUGCACAGGAGUUAUAAAUAAAAUGGAUGGAACUAAAUAAAACUUAGUUAGCAAUAAUAAACUUACAUUCGAAUUGCACCAAGUACCUCAAAACUAGAUCUUUAAUUUGUACUUAAAGAAUACCCAUUCUCAUGGAUAUGUUGUUUAUGCUCUUGACAAAACUGGAUAGCCUUUAGAAAAAGUACCUAUUGAAUUUUAAUUGUUCCAUAAAAAAAUUUAUCAAAACUUCACAAGCAUGCUUCAAACAGAUGCUGAAGGUAAAGCAAUUCUUGGUUAAUUGGAUAACAUCAACAGCAUUACUGCCCAAGUCAAAGACUUUAAAAACUUCCCUGACAUCCAUUAAAAUUGGGUUAUAAUGCAAAAUUACAAGACAGAAUUACCAUCAAAUAUUACUAUUACUGAAGAAGAAACUGUUGAAAUUCCUAUACCUAGUAAUGUUUAAUUGAGUCGUGAAAACAUUACAUUCUACUCUGUGAAUUAAGACAUUUAGGAAUUUGUAUAUGAAGAUCUUUUUGAAUAAGUUAAAUAAGUAACUGGUUUCUUAAGAAUAUCUAACUUAAAACAAGGAGUCUACAUCCUUCAUAUCUUGGAGCUAUAAUCCUACAUCACUAUUAAUGUUUACAGAGGUAGUUAUUGGACUCAUAAUAAGUCAUUCUUAAUAACUGAUAAUAAAUUCAUCUAGGUUGAUAGAUCUAGAGAAAAUUUAAUCUCAAUCAAAGAAACACUUCUAGUCCCUUAAUCUGAAACUGAAGCAGAUAUUUUAGUUAACCUAAACUUACCUGAAAGUAUUAGUGAAGCUUAAAGAAACAAGAUUAGAGUUCAUGUUUUCGCCUUUAAUUACUUAUCAAAUGACUAAGAUAACUUUGUAUAAAGUUUAAGAAAUAACAGAAUUCACAAGCCUGAAGUUGUUAUAAGCAUCCAAUCAUAAGCAGCAAGCUUCUUCAACAAUAAAAAAAUUGGUGAUGAAAUAUGUUAUGUCUACAAUAGAAAAAAUGAACUUAAAAGAAUAGGAAACACUCUUGAAAAACCUUAAGUUUUACUUAAGAGAACAUUUAAUAGAGAUACAUCUUUUGAAAAGGAAAACUUAGAGAUAGGUUAAGAUUUCUAGAAUGUUUCUGAAGUUUAAUAAGAAUCAAUCAAAAAAUCAAAAAAAGAUAUGAGAUAUUAUGAUUGCUCUGGUAGUGAAAGGUAUUGUGCUGAUAUUUAAGUUUGCCCUCCAGGAGCAUGUCAUGUUAAGGGAGAAAUAGAUUCCUUUUUAAAUUUCUUGAAGAAUGCAUGCUUUGUGACUUCAAACCAUUAAAUCUAACAAGAUGGAUCAGUAAUUAUUCCAGGCUUUUAAUGGAAGAAUUACUCUAGCAUUCAAGUAGUUGUAACAAGUAAUAACUUAGCAAUUUCUGACAUUUUCCCCACUACAUCAUCUGAAACUCCUACAUAAGAUCUUAGACACGUAUCUUCUAUGAAGCCAGAUUAAUUUUACACUGAAAACUUUAGCUCAGGUAAAUUGAAUGCCAGUUAAACUUUGUCGAUUUCUGCUGAUAGCCAAACUGCAGUUGUUGGAAGUAUUCCUGAAAUUUUUGAAAUCUAAAAAUAAUUAAUGAAAACAGGAAGAAAAACUGAUGAAUAUAACGGAAAGAGUUAUAGCACUUGGUAGUUUUUGAAAGAAUGGAUAACUUUUACAGAUAGAUAGAAAUUAGAUAAGUAUAAUGAAUUCGCAUCUCAUGAAUUAAACCUUUUCCUUUACUUCAAAGAUAAUAAUUUCUUUAAAGUAGUGGUAGAGCCUUUCUUAAAAAAUAAAAUUUAAAAGUCUUUUAUUGACUAUUUCCUUCUUGGUAAUAAAGAAGAAUAGCUUAAAUACUCUAAUACUGAAAGGGUCAGCGAGUUAAAUACCCUUGAAUAAGUACUUCUUAUCAUCACCUUAGUGAAAAAUAACUUAAAGUAAAGAGCUGAAUGUUUAGCUUCAUCGAUUGAAAAUACAUAAAAGACAUAAACUAAAAACAUUGAUUUGUAAAAGAGAUUAUUCCUCACUAUCAUAGAAUCUACAGCAAAAGAUGAAAUAGUUGUUGCUCAGCAAGUAUUAAUGGAGUGUACAAGCUUUAAAUCUAUGGCGCAAAAGUCUCGUUGUUAUGCAGCAGCACCUAUGUAAAAAAUGUCUCUCAGAUCAUCAAAAAUGGCAGAAUAAUCAGAUUUGUUGGAUCUUUAAUGUGAAGCAGAAGAAGCUGAUGACUACUUUGGCGGAGGAGGCUCAAUGAAGGAGUAACUUAUUGAAAAGAGGAAAGAGUUUAAGGAAGGUUAUAAAAAGUUAGAAAAUACUAAAGAAUAUAUUGAAAGACAAUAUUAUUCAGACAAUAGAGUAAAUAAUUAUCAAAAUUUAGUUUAAGUAAACAAAUUCUGGAGUGAUUUAGCAAGAUUUAUCGUAAAUAAUAACGGGAUUGAAAAUUUUGUAAGUGAGAAUUUUAUUUAUGGUUUUAAUAACCAUGUAGAGGCUAUCAGUGUCCUAUCUCUUAUGGAUAUUGCUCAUACAUCUAGAGACAAUUAUGACCUUAAUUCUCUUCCAGGAAGGAAAAUUCAAAUAGUUUCAUAAAAGAAUGUCAUUUACUUCUCAAAAGAAAUUGUUUAAUCAUCCGAUAUAACAAAAGCUAAUGUUAGCAUAAUUUAAACUUUCUUUGAUCCUAAUGACAGAUUCACAACUCUUAAGGAUGAUCCUACAGUCAAAAUUGAAAAAGAAGUAGAAGAAUUUGUGAUUAACAAGAUUUAUGGAUGCAAGGUUAUCGUCUCUAACAUCUCUAUAGCUAACUUGAAUCUUUCAAUACUUACUGAAAUUCCUGAAGGAGCUAUUCCAGUAAAUAGCUUCGAAUAUACUAAAAGUAUAGACAUAACUGUUAACUCUUAUCAGACUUACAAUAACAUUGAAUUCUUCUUCUAUUUCCCUAAGGCUGGUACUUUUAAUAUUUACAGAAGUAACGCCUCCAGAAAUGGAAUUAUUAUUGCUCAAGCCAAUGAAAUUGCUCCAAUAAUUGUCAAGCAAUUCAAUGAAAUCAAAAAAAUGGAAAAUCUUUCUGAUAUCCUUAAUAAUGGCUCCAAAGAAGACAUACUUUAGUUUGCCAAAACCCAAAACUUGCAUGACACAUAAGCUUUUAACAUAAACAAGAUACUCUACAUAAUAUAAAGCGACAAGCAUUUCUUCUUGAGUUUCUUAGAGAUUUUAAGAGAAUAGGGAGUGUUUAGCAGGAAUGUCUGGGAGUAUAGUUUAUUCCAUAACUACGAAUAGGGUGUUAUAGAAUUACUCAACAAUCAAGAAUUUAGAAAGAACAGAAUGAUUCAAAUCUACUAAAAUGUCCAAUCACACAAUUCUGACUUACUCAGCUAUGAUAAAUUUUAAGUUUUCGAGUAUCACCCCCUCCUUACAUCUCGUACUCACAGCUUUAUGAAUUAAAAUAAGAGUAAGAUCUUGAAUGUAUAAUUCAAGUAAACAUACAAUGAUUAUGUCAACUAUCUUGCUCAUGUAGCUCAGCCAACUAGCGCCCAUUAUCUUAUUUUGAGCUAUUACUUGAUUCUUUAAGAGCGUAUAGAUGAAGCUUUGUAAGUAUUUGGAAAGAUCAAAGAGUCAGAUUUAACAAAUAACUCAAAGAUUUAAUAUGACUACUUUGCUGCUUACUUAGAUAUUUACACAGGUGGUCCUAACUUCAAGAGAGCCAGAGAAAUCAGUUAAGCAUAUCUCGAAUAUCCUAUUAUUUCUUGGAGAAAUCUCUUCGUAAAUAUUCAAAACUAGCUUACUGAGUAUGAUGGAGAAGUACUUGAUGAGUCUGAAGUUGCAGAAAACACUGAUCUUAGCAAGAAUUUAAAGAAUGCCUAAAAAGAACAGUCAAUGAACUUUGAAAUUCAAGAGAAGAAGUUAAUAGUUUACUAUUAAAAUGCUGAAAGAGCUACUAUUAAUCUUUAUUAACUUGAUAUUGAAGUCCUAUUUUCUACUUAACCUUUCAUGGAAGGAGGAAACAGAAACGAAUUUACCUUCAUUAAACCCAACCACACAAUUAACUUGAAUUUCGAAAAGUUGAGCACCCUUGAAAAGUAAGUAAUUGACAUUCCAGCUGAAUAUGCUAAUAAAAAUCUUUACAUUCAACUUGUUUCCACAUCUGGAUCCUAAAUUCUUUCUUACUUCUCUUCUUCAUUAAAGGUCUAAAUGAUUGAAAAGUAUGGAUAAGUAAAAAUUCUUGAUGAAAAAAAUGCCCCCUUACAAAAAGUUUAUGUUAAGUGCUUUGCUAAAUAUAAAGAUGAUUCAGUAUAAUUCUUCAGAGAUGGUUAUACCGACUUGAGAGGAAGAUUUGACUAUGCUUUAAGCAGUUCUAGUGAUAUUAAUUAAGUUAAGCAAUUUUCUAUUUUAAUUUCCAGCGAAGAGCAUGGAUCAAUUAUCAAAAAAGCCAACCCUCCCACCCAAACUGGAAGUUUUGAGACUGUAAGCUUACUCAAAAAGAGAUGA